AUGCACGCACGCGCCAUCAUUCUUGCCGCAGCUAUGGUGCUUCCCAUCAUAGCAGCACCUGUACCAGCACCAAUCAGCAGUAUCAGUCCGAUACCAACGGUCGAGCGUCGCAGCGAUUUUUCUGUAGCAAACCUUUUCCGAGAUCUCUUGAAGAGAGAGUCAGUGGUAGAGAUAACGCAUAAUUUUGGUGAACCAAACGAAGGUGUGAUUGAGACCAGCGUUGUCGAGGCCCGUCAAAGGAUGGGACGUUCCGUAGGUCGUGGUGAUCGCCGGGAUGCUGCAGCUCAGCCUGAGCCCAUCAAGUUCAACACCCCUGGCGGCCAUCGACGAGAUGCUGAAGCCGGAGGUAUCAAGUUCAACACCUCCGGUGGUCACCGACGAGACGCUGAACCCAUCAAGUUUAACACCCCUGGCGGUCAUCGACGAGAUGCUGAAGCCGGAGGUAUCAAGUUCAACACCUCCGGUGGUCACCGACGAGACGCUGAACCCAUCAAGUUUAACACCCCUGGCGGCCAUUGA